AUGAGGUCACGCCACACCCGCCGAAAAGCUCCGGCCCGUCGGCAGGCCAUCUUCUACUGGUCUCCUUCGCACGACAGCAGGUUGGCGGACAUGCGCACAGACGCAGGACAGAAACACAGGACAGAGGAGACUGUUCCAGAGACUGCUCCCAUGGCUCAAGCAGGUCCUUCUUCAGGGACUGCAGGCACUCGUACGGGCGUUGACACGUGUAAUUCCCAGGGAUGCCGCUGCUGCCGGCACAUAUGGAAGGGUGCUGUUAAAUUUCAGAGCACAGCUACAGGAGAACAUUACAACAUCACACAAUAUCUGACAUGCAAGACACCAAGUGUCAUCUACAUCAUCCAGUGCAAAAAAUGCCCGGUGCAGUAUGUUGGGAAGACUUUGACCACACUGCAGAGAACAGUCGAAGAACACAGAGCUUCCAUCACAAAUCAGCGACGUCAGCCAGUCCCUGAUCAUUUCAACAACAAUGACCAUUGUCUUGAUCAUCUGAUUGUAUAUCCAAUUGAGCAGGUCAAUGGUUCUGAAGCACUAAAAGAGAGGGAACUCUACUGGAUCAGAGAGCUUGCAACAAUGGCCCAUGGACUGAAUUGCGUGCCAUAUACAUAUGAGGAACACAGGACAGAGGAGACUGCUCCAGAGACUGCUCCCGUGGCUCAAGCAGGUCCUUCUUCCAGGACUGCAGGCACUCGUACGGGCGUUGACACGUGUAAUUCCCAGGGAUGCCGCUGCUGCGGGCACAUAUGGAAGGGUGCUGUUAAAUUUCAGAGCACAGCUACAGGAGAACAUUACAACAUCACACAAUAUCUGACAUGCAAGACACCAAGUGUCAUCUACAUCAUCCAGUGUAAAAAAUGCCCGAUGCAGUAUGUUGGGAAGACUACAACCACACUCCAAAGAAGAUCCAAAGACCACAGAAGCUCCAUCAGAAAACGCCAAUAUCGACCAAUCCCUGUUCAUUUUAACAACAAUGGCCAUUCUCUUAAAGAUCUGAUUUUAUUUCCAAUUGAGCAGGUCAAUGGUUGUAAAGCACUAAAAGAGAGGGAACUCUACUGGAUCACAGAGCUGGAAACAAUGGCCCGUGGACUAAAUCUGGUGCCAUGUAAUUAUGUAGGGGAGCAGCAACUGGGUGAUGGUGAGGAAAGAUCAGCGGGACCAGCUCAGGAACAAGUGGAAGAAUGCAAAGAUGCAAUAGAAGACGGAAAACAAGCCAUGUCUCAGGUUUACACCAAACUGAAAAAUGUUACCAGCAGAGAGAGACAGAGCAUGGAGUUCCUGAACGAUCUCAAAAAGAAGGUCUCAGAUUUAAAAGAAUAUGACCAAAAAGAGAAAAUUUACAUUGGACUGUUUGGGAAGACGGGAGCAGGGAAGAGCUCACUGAUCAACGCAAUUAUCAAUGAAGACCAGCUUCUGCCUUCAUCACUCUCACAUGCCUGCACUUCAGUCUUAGUGCAAGUGCAAGCCAAUACAAAAUCCAGAAAAUACAAAGCUGAUAUUGAAUUCAUCAGCCCAGAGGCCAAAGAACUGUCUCGAAGCAUUGAAUGCUACAUUCGGAGUGAUGAAAAAGGAAAAGAUAAGUUCUGGCCUCUUGUGAAGCGAGUCACCAUCUCCUUGCCACAGUCUCCAGCUCUACUGGAAGGGGUUGUGCUGGUGGACCUGCCUGGGGCCGGAGAUGUCAGUAAACACAGAAGUGAGAUGUGGAAAAAGGCCAUCCGUUAUUGA